ACGCGCGUGCUUCGACCGCACACGAACACAGCAGACAACAUGCAGAUCUUCGUCAAGACCCUCACCGGCAAGACCAUCACCCUGGAGGUCGAGUCCUCGGACACGAUCGACAACGUGAAGGCUAAGAUCCAGGACAAAGAGGGCAUUCCCCCCGACCAGCAGCGCCUCAUCUUCGCGGGCAAGCAGCUCGAGGACGGGCGCACGCUCGCGGACUACAACAUCCAGAAGGAGUCGACGCUCCACCUCGUGCUCCGCCUCCGCGGUGGCAUGCAGAUCUUCGUGAAGACCCUCACCGGCAAGACCAUCACCCUGGAGGUGGAGUCUUCAGACACGAUCGACAACGUGAAGGCUAAGAUCCAGGACAAGGAGGGCAUCCCCCCCGACCAGCAGCGCCUCAUCUUCGCGGGCAAGCAGCUCGAGGACGGGCGCACGCUCGCGGACUACAACAUCCAGAAGGAGUCGACGCUCCACCUCGUGCUCCGCCUCCGCGGUGGCAUGCAGAUCUUCGUGAAGACCCUCACCGGCAAGACCAUCACCCUGGAGGUGGAGUCUUCAGACACGAUCGACAACGUGAAGGCUAAGAUCCAGGACAAGGAGGGCAUCCCCCCCGACCAGCAGCGCCUCAUCUUCGCGGGCAAGCAGCUCGAGGACGGGCGCACGCUCGCGGACUACAACAUCCAGAAGGAGUCGACGCUCCACCUCGUGCUCCGCCUCCGCGGUGGCAUGCAGAUCUUCGUGAAGACCCUCACCGGCAAGACCAUCACCCUGGAGGUGGAGUCUUCAGACACGAUCGACAACGUGAAGGCUAAGAUCCAGGACAAGGAGGGCAUCCCCCCCGACCAGCAGCGCCUCAUCUUCGCGGGCAAGCAGCUCGAGGACGGGCGCACGCUCGCGGACUACAACAUCCAGAAGGAGUCGACGCUCCACCUCGUGCUCCGCCUCCGCGGUGGCAUGCAGAUCUUCGUGAAGACCCUCACCGGCAAGACCAUCACCCUGGAGGUGGAGUCUUCGGACACGAUCGACAACGUGAAGGCGAAGAUCCAGGACAAGGAGGGCAUCCCCCCCGACCAGCAGCGCCUCAUCUUCGCGGGCAAGCAGCUCGAGGACGGGCGCACGCUCGCGGACUACAACAUCCAGAAGGAGUCGACGCUCCACCUCGUGCUCCGCCUCCGCGGUGGCAACUGAGCGCCGCAUUGGCGUCUUAGCAUCGGCGUCACGCGAGGACGACCCGUCCCGGCGACAGCUGUAUUAGGUUCGCCCGUGCUUUCCUCGGUCCCCGCAUAGCCUCACGAGAACCGAACUGUACCACGAUGAUUGUAAUGAAACGUCCGAACGUCGCGCC